CUUGUUGUUAGGUAUUACCAGCUGCUGAAGAAAGGCUUUGAUGUGCUAUGGAACACAACGCUUCCCCUCACAAAGGAAGAAAACAGGCAGAAGCACCACAAUCUAUUUUGCAUGGCUACUGAUCUGAGCAUGCUCAAGUUGUUUGAAACAUUUCUGGAGAGUGCCCCCCAGCUCCUCUUGCAAGUCUACAUUGUGCUGCUUGGCCACAGGGAAGCCUCAGUAUUGAAGUAUUUGUCCAUUGCCUUCUCCUUCCUCAGCAUUGCUUGGUCCCUGGUGGAUUAUCGGCGAUGUCUACGCAGGUCACUCCCUCAUAUUAGCGAGAUGCCCUCUGGCCUCCCCACUGCUGUUUACCUCCUUUAUAAACUCUGCACCAUCACCAGCCUUAUACUAAGCUACAGUCUAUACUUAAUAAUGAGUGCCUAUACCACAGUCGUGCUCUCUGUUGUGUGGGUCAUAAUGCUAACAUGGACAAAUAUUCUUCAGACCAACUUCUGUUCUUGCCGAGGACUGGAAAUUCUGUACAGGGCUGUGGUUGGAGUCAUUCUCACGUUCACCUUUUUCAAUGUUAAAGGGCAAGACACUAAAAUACCUAUGAGUAUUUACUACAGUGUAUUCUGCUGUAUAAAUGUUUCCUCACCAAUACUGUUGUCUAUUCUGAUGCCAGAAUUUGAUGCAAGUACCUUGUUGGUGGUGGAUCUUUUAAUUUUGGGAGGUGUUUUUCUGGGAUUAUUUUGCCUCGUUUUCUACUAUGUCCUGCUGCACCCCAGGGUGAAGCUACAGGAGGCAGAUGAAGUGGACGGGCCAAGUAAAGAGAACAAUAAUAUGAGGAGGAUGAACACAUUUUUACAGCCUUAAAAAUGUAUAGCACUUUAUAAAUAUUUAUAGUCAUUUAUAUAUUGUAUGUAUUCAGAAGAAAGCUAAAUCAAUGACAAACUGUAUGACUGUAUGAACUGUAUGACCAAACUAACAUAUAAGUAUGAUAUGCAACUUUCAAUGUACUUACUUAUUUAAACUGUUUUAAGUUAUUUAAUUAAAACAAGCAAAAGUGACAA